AUGGAGACUCAAUGGAGGUUGAGCUAUGGAAAAAUUAACUUAUUGUCUGCAAACACUUUUGGGCAUAGUCCAGCUUCCAGCAGAUGUUUAUCAUCAAGAUAUGAAAAAAACUUUCCCGGACGAGCAGUACCAAGGCACACUCCAGAUAUGCCGAGACUUGUCGUAUUUGAAGUAGAGACUGCCGAUAAUCUUGGCUGUCUUGUAGAAAAAAUUAAGCAGGUAUUUUCAUGUAGCGAGGCCAAAGACAUAGAGCUUUGGAAGGUAGAAAUUCCUGAUGAUCAUAAGGACGAAUUUUUGGACCUCGUUUUGAACGAUAAUGACAAGCUCACAGAAGGGGAACUUAACCGUUACUGGACAGAGCAGCCUCCCAAAAAUCAUGAGAAAGUAGAUAGAUAUCUUCAGAAAGUGUGUUCUGCAGGCGUUAUCAAAAUAGGAGAUGAGCUAAGGAUAAACAAAUCUUAUUCAAGUAUUGUAGAUGGUAAAAAAGAUUCGGUGCCGGUUUAUAUUGGAUGCAAAAUAACUGAAAUCAUUAAUGGUAAAUUAACCGUGAUUCUCAUUGAUUAUGAUGAGGAACAAAAAGAAAUUUUUUCCUUAAAUAUGCUGGAAGAAUGGUUGCUUGUUAAAUUCGGUCUAGAUAAAGAGUAUAGACCUAGGGAUUGUCAUGAUUGUAAUGAGAAAAUCAAGAUUAAACGUGAAGGGGAGCAUUAG